AUGGUGCAUCAGAUUGAAAGUGGUGGUGGACAAGUGUUCACCGUAGAUGAGUUCAGUGGUGGCACAAAAGAUUCGGCAAAAUGUGAAACACCCAAAAGUUACUCCUUUGAUGAAGCAAUCGAUUUAGUCGGGUUUGGCCGAACCAGCUGGCAGGUGUUCCUGGCGUCGGCCCUAAUUAUGCUGGCCGUUCUGAACGAAACGAUGGGCAUUUCGAUACUGAUCCCGGCAGCCCACUGUGAUCUGAGUUUGUCCGCCACCGACAAGGGCAUGCUAACGGGGGUGAGCUUCGCAGGUGUCAUCCUAACGUCACACCUGUGGGGUUACAUAGCGGACACUAAAGGGCGCAAAAAUGUGAUCAUCCUGUCGCUGGCACUCACCACGCUAUGCUCGCUGGUGUCAAGUAUGGCAGGCGAUUUUGUCACGAUGGCGGUACUGCGAUUACUGGUCGGAAUGUGCAUCUCGGCCCCCUCGGCGACCAUCUACGCAUACCUGGGUGAGUUUACGAAAACACAAAAGCGCACCAUAAUGAUCUCGUUUGCCAGUAUCGCCGUUGGAUUGUCGUACAUCUUCACCGGUGCACUCGGAUGGUUGGUGCUAUCGUUCGACUGGCGGCUUGACCUCUGGAACGUCGUAGAGUUUCGACCGUGGCGGCUGUUGAUCAUUCUAUACACACUUCCCGGAGCGAUCGGAGCCCUCUGGAUGGCCUUCUUACCGGAAAGUCCAAAGUUCCACCUAUCGCAGGGCCAGGACGACAAGGCGUUAGAAAUUCUUCGUGCGAUGUACCUGGAGAGCCAUCCGUCUGCCGGUGUGGAUGAUUUCCCUGUUAAACGAAUUACUCCGGAAAUUAGCGCAGAGGACGUCGUUGGAUCGCGAAAAGAUGCCCUAGCGGUCUUGCGCAAUAUGUGGGACCAAACGGUGCCGCUGUUUCAGCGACCGAAUCUGCUUUACUUUGUUGUGUGUUGCAGCCUGCAGUUUGGGAUGUUUUUUGUCUCCGCUGGUAUGGGUCUCUGGUAUCCGGAGAUCGUUAAUCGAGUGACUUCGGUUGGAGAGGAUGAUACGGAAGCAAUUUGUGAUGUUCUGGAAGGAACGAAUGAUCCGGAUGAGGAUUUCAUCUUUUACAGUAAGGAGGACUGCAACGAUCAGAUGACGCAGGAUGUCUUUAUUUACGUGAUCGCUCUGGGAUCGAUCUACACCUUUUUGUAUCUGAUAAUGUCCGCUGUACUGCAGAAGAUUAAUCGGGGACACAUAUUGGUUUUCAAUCUUUUGAUGUCUGGAAUCUCUGGGAUGUUGUUGGUGCUCAUUGAUGAUCCUUACUUUGUGCUGGCGCUGUUCUGUUCGUUCAUGGUUUUUGCCGGAAUCUCUAUUUCGCUCAUCAAUGGGGCAGCCGUUUCGUUGUUUCCUACGAACGUACGAGCGAUGGCCGUCUGCUUAAGUUUAAUGAUGGGUCGCCUCGGAAGUGUCGCUGGUACCAACCUAAUCGGAUUGAUCAUAGACCGUAAUUGUAAUUUAACGUUUAUCCUAUUUGCUGGAUGUUCCUUAAUUUGUGCUUUGCUGACACUGAUUCUUCCGAGUCGGUGA